ACUUCAAUACUGAUUUUUACACUUCUGAUUGUAUCGACAUUAUGAUGAUAGCACUACAAAUUUAGUAAACUUCCAAAAAGCAAGUGCUGUCUUCUUUUUAUGUGCUUCAAAUUCUAAACAAGAGAAAGGGACAGAGAGUUUGAAAGCUUCCAUUUUAGGUGAAAGCAUUCAAAUGUUUUACUGACAUUGUUGUUUCUUCUUCUUUUGUUGUCUUUUCAAAGAAUUACAAUGCAAAAAUAUCAGAUUUUGGCUUGGCAAAAUUGGGGCCUUCAGGUGGAGACUCACAUGUGACAACCAGGAUUAUGGGUACUUAUGGUUAUGCAGCUCCUGAAUACAUUGCAACAGGCCAUUUAUAUGUUAAGAGUGACGUGUAUGGCUUCGGAGUGGUGCUGCUUGAGUUGCUGACAGGCUCAAGGGCACUUGAUACGAGGCGUCCAAAUGGGCAGCAAAAUUUGGUUGAAUGGUUGAAGCCAAUUCUCCCAUAUAAGAAAAAGUUAAAAGCCAAGAUGGAUGUAAGAAUAGAAGGCCAAUACUCCUCCAAGGCAAUGUUACAAGCAGCACAACUUACCUUAAAUUGCCUCGAACCAGAUCCUAAAAGCCGACCCUCAAUGAGAGAAGUUGUGGAUGCAUUAGAACAAAUAGAUGCAAUCAAGGAAAAACCAAAGGGGACUAAAAAUACUUCUGGUUCAUCACGUUCUUCCACUUCUCACCGCAUUCAAAAAUCACCCCGUAAUCGUUCUCCACUUCAUUUGAGGCGAUGAGGCCCUUAAACAGAUGCAGGAUGCUAAUCCAGUCGACAAAAAACAAGGUAAAAGAUAUGUUUGAUCAAACAAGUUAAAUGUUUAGAUGAAAACAUUUAUGCAGUUCAUUUUUGGUUUCUGUAAACCUUUGAUCAAGUAAUCAUCAUUUUUUUAGUGAUCUCUUUUAGUUCAUAGCAAAUUUUGUUGUAGCUGCCAAUUGUUUUAAUGUAGCUGUUGAUAGAGUGAGGAAAUGUUUUAUAGUGAUUUUCUUUGUUCUGGUUGAUUUGAAUAUAAUCUGUUAUCUUUCUAAAGCA